UUUAAUUUUCUCCCUCGCUCCCUAUAAGUAUGUUUGCUUUGCGCUCUUGAAGUUCCACACCCAUAUUUGCCAUAUUCCUCAGUACAUGCAUCCAAGCUCAGUCAUCAUGUCACCACUGCCCAUUCUUCUACUCCGUGCCAUCCUGGCCCUCAUUUCCGUGCUCGCAACUUCUCAUCCUCUCGUCAGGCAUUCUUAUGUCAUUGCUAGCAGUAGUUCCAUCGGAAAUUAUGAUCGAACCGCUGCUAGAGGUGAGGUGGAGGCACUCUUGAAAUGGAAAUCCAGUCUCAAAGGCCAAGGCCGUCCUCUCUUGCCCUCGUGGAAUGCUACCAUCCCGUCCUGCAGCUGGGUGGGGAUAUCAUGCGAUAGUUCUCGGAGAAUCGUAAGCCUGAACAUCUCUGGCUAUGACCUUUACGGUACGCUCAGAAACUUCGACUUCUCCUCCUUCCCCGACAUGACCACUCUCGUGCUAGCCAAUAUUUCUCUGUCGGGAACCAUCCCUCCAAGUAUUGGUAACCUUUCCGAGCUCAAUCACCUCGAUUUUUCGCAAAAUCACCUUUCAGGUUCGAUUCCUGAUUCACUCGGAAGGUUGGGCAGUUUAACCAACUUAUUUCUUAAUGAGAACAAUCUCUCUGGCCAAAUUCCUUCUGCCAUAUGCAACUUGAGUAAGCUUAGUGUGCUAUAUUUGAACAAGAAUCAGCUCACUGGCUCAUUUUCAAGAGAAAUUGGGAAGCUGGAAUCACUCACUGAUUUAAGACUUAAUAAAAACAAGCUCUCUGGCCAUAUUCCUUCCACCAUUGGCGACUUGAGUAAGCUUAGUUUUCUAUAUUUGCACAAGAAUCAACUCAGUGGCUCAAUUCCAAGUGAAAUUGGGAAGCUGGAAUCACUCGGUGAAUUAGAUCUUUCUGAGAAUGAGCUCUCUGGCCAUAUUCCUUCUACCAUUGGCAACUUGAGUAAGCUUAGGUUGCUAUAUUUGUACGCGAAUCUGUUUAAUGGCUCAGUUCCAAGAGAAAUCGGGAAGUUGGAAUCACUCACUGUAUUACAACUACUUGGAAACAAGCUCUCUGGCCAUAUUCCUUCUACCAUUAGCAACUUGAGUAAGCUUAGUGUGCUAUAUUUGUACGAGAAUCAGCUCACUGGCUCAGUUCCAAGUGAAAUCGGGAAGCUGGAAUCACUCAUUGAAUUAGCUCUUUAUGAUAAUAAGCUCUCCGGCCAUAUUCCUUCUACCAUUGGCAACUUGAGUAAGCUUAGUGAGCUAUAUUUGUACAAGAAUCAGCUCAUUGGUUCAGUUCCAAGUGAAAUCGGGAAGCUGGAAUCACUCACUAAAUUAGCUCUUUAUGAUAAUAAGCUCUCUGGCCAUAUUCCUUCUACCAUUGGCAACUUGAGUAAGCUUGAGGUGUUAUCUUUGUUCACGAAUCUGUUUAGUGGCUCUCUUCCCGUAGAGAUGAACAAUCUCACGCAGUUAACGAAUCUGCAGUUGGGUGAUAAUAAUUUCACUGGCAAUCUACCUCCCGAUGUAUGUCGGGAUGGUGUGCUUGUAAACAUUUCUGUGGCUUUUAACUUCUUCACUGGGCCCAUUCCUCGAAGCCUGAAGAAUUGCUCAACUCUAUUCAGAGUCAGGCUUGAUUACAACCAACUCACUGGAGACAUAUCAGAUGCCCUCGGCACAUACCUGAAUCUAUAUUAUCUUGAUUUGAGUUAUAAUGAGCUCCACGGAAUGCUCCCUGCAAGAAUUGGGCAAUACAACAAUUUGACCCUCUUGAGAAUCUCCAACAACAAAAUCUCUGGGGCUUUACCUUCUGAGCUUGAAAACAUGAAAAGGCUUAAUGUCCUCGACCUCUCGACAAAUCAUAUUUCUGGGGGAAUAACAAAAGACCUUGCAAAACUGAAGAAACUUUUUGAACUUUCAUUGGAGAAUAACGAACUCACGGGAAGCAUUCCUCCUGAGAUUGGGACGAUUUUGACUUUGCGAAAUCUUAGCCUUUCUAAGAACAGACUAGUGGGCCACAUCCCUAAGCAACUCGGGAACUGCAUCGACCUAUUGUCCUUGAACUUAAGUGGGAAUGAAUUGCAUGACAGUAUUCCCGUCGAGAUAAGCAAUCUACGAUCUCUAGAAAUCCUUGAUCUUAGUGGAAACUCCUUGGUUGGAGAAAUACCGGAGCAGUUUUGGCGGUUGCAAAGUUUAGAGACCCUAAACCUCUCACACAACAAUCUCUCUGGUGAGAUUUCAUCAACUUUCAAUGAUAUGGCAGGCUUGAAAACAGUUGAUGUUUCCUAUAACCAGUUGGAGGGUCCGAUACCCAAUAGUACAGCCUUCCAUAAUGCUUCAAUUGAUGCUGUGAGAGGUAAUAAGGGCUUAUGCGGAGGAAUUGUAGGUCUUGAGACAUGUCCUUUGGAGAAGGAAGACAGAAAGUUGUUGGUGAUUUUGCUCCCUAUAAUUGCUAUUAUGCUUCUUUUUAUGGUCACUUUGGGAUUUUGGCACACUAUGAUUGGUCGGACCAAAAGAAAUGUCGAGGACCAAUUGGUCUCUACCAAUGGGAAUUUGUUUGCAAUAUGGAGCUAUGACGGAGUAAUAAUGUACGAGAACAUCAUCGAAGCCACCGAGGAAUUCGACUCAAAGUACUGCAUUGGGUCUGGAGCAUACGGGAGUGUUUACAAGGCAAGGUUGUCGACCGAUCAGAUUGUUGCGGUGAAGAAAUUCCAUAUUAUGCCAGACGAAGACAUAGUUGGCACUACUGAGAUAUCAUGGCAGAAGGCUUUCAGGAGCGAAAUCCGAGCUUUGAUAGAGAUCCGACACCGUAACAUUGUCAAACUAUAUGGCUUUUGCUCAUCGCCGAGGCACUCGUUUCUUGUGUACGAGUACUUGGAAGGUGGGAACCUAGAAAAUCUUUUGAGCGACCGUGAGACUGCAGCAGGAUUUGGGUGGCUCGAGCGCAGGAAUGUGGCAAGAGGCGUGGCAGAUGCACUGUGCUACAUGCACCAUGAUUGUUCUCCAUCUAUAAUUCACCGCGACAUUUCCAGCAAAAAUAUUCUUCUCGAUCUGGAGUAUGAGGUCCAUGUCUCGGACUUCGGGACAGCAAGAUUUAUGAAACCAGAUUCAUCAAACUGUACUUCAUUUGCCGGCACAUUUGGAUAUGCUGCUCCAGAGCUUGCAUACACCAUGGAGGUAAACGAGAAGUGCGAUGUCUACAGUUUUGGAGUCUUAACCCUGGAGUUAAUCAUGGGAAGACAUCCGGGAGAUCUCAUAUCAUCCUCUCUUAGUAGUGUUUAUCAUAUGCAACUCAAGGAGAUAUUGGACCAGCGUAUUCCAUAUCCCAAAGAUGAAAUUAUGGCUGAUUUGAUUUCUGUCCUAGAUAUAGCAUUUUCAUGCUUAAGCUAUAGACCGACAAUGAAGCAAGUUUCUCAAGGUUUAUCCACUCGAAGAUCCGGCACGCUUGAUUAUUCUUGGGAGAUCAAUCUUGGAGAAUUGUUCAAUUUGAGAGGCUUGAUUUUGUGAAAGUUUCCUCGUUAGCCAGCCCAUUCAAAGCCUAAAUUCACAUCCAAGUUCGCAACAAGUUUAUCAACGUCUACAUGCUCGAAGAUCCACCACGGCUUACUGGUUCUUGGAGAUCAAUCUAGGAGAACUAUUAAGUUAAUUUCAGGGACUUGAGUUCGCGAAACUUUGAUCUUGUAUGUAGUUUCUUUGCUACUUAAUUAAUGAUGGAACCCAUUCCGUGCAGGGAUCUUGUAGUUUCUUUGAGAAGUAGAGUUUGUAAAUCUUCUACCUUCCGGAAUUUCUACGCUUGAACGGUAACAAGUGCGAUCUAAUGGAUCUCGUCUAUGUAUUCUCCCCAUUGGAUUUACUUCAUGAGGGUUAAAAGAGGGUUUAUUCAUCAA